CAAGAGGCAGCCAUGCCUGCAGAGCAGGCAGUAACUCCAGUCGAAACAAUUGGCAACACGUCCAAUGAAGAACUUAUUAGAACUAUAUUGGAGUCACAAAGAAGGAUGGAAAAUGCCAUUUCAACUUUAAAUGGGCGCAUGGUUUGCUUGCUGCAAGCCAUGAAACAUGAUAAGAAUAUGGUUGUUGAUUUUGACGUCAAUAAUUCAAGUUCUUUCGAUUACGUGUUGCCAAUAAAAUCACUGGGAGAGCUUAAGUCACUAGAAGAGCGACUCAAGAGUGAUUCUCAGUUAUGUGCAGAAUUUAAAACCUUCAUUAUAAAACUUGGAGAGAAACCGAAGCAACUGAUUAAAAGUUUUUGCAGAAGGGUUUUAACGAAUGAAGUUGCCAUGCACUGCUCGUGGUUUGGGUAUAAAAAUAAUGUGGCACUUCACCAAACAGAAAUUUUAAGAUUAUUUAGAAAUGUUCUAUUGGGAAUCCACCCAAAAAUGACAGAAGAAGGGCUGAAAAAAAUUGUUUCAACUUGGUUGAGGUAUGCCCGACAGCGGCAUGAGAGAUUUAUGAAGCGGAAAUCAAUAGACAACAAUGAUGUAUUAUUAGAUUAA